AUGGAGACUCCCAUAAACGCACCGAUCAAGCGACGAAGGACGCGCGAGGAUAGGAGACGAACUGCCCGUGCUUGCGACAGAUGUCGAAGACUAAAGGAGAGAUGUGAAGGCGGCAUCCCCUGCACGCGAUGCAUGCAUCUCCGUCGCACUUGCGAGUUCAAGCGCCUAUCAUCCGUCGAUCAUGAUCAUUCCCCGGUCCCGGUGCAGACACCGGCGCCGGAGGUCAAUAUCCAUGAGUUGUUAGAGCGAGUAAUGUACAUGGAGAGAAUCCUGAAGCACAAGUUUGAAGGCAUCGACCUCGACCUUGACAGCCUACGCCGAAUGGCUAGGGCACUAGAUGAGCAUGAACAGAAUAACAGCUCAGCAGCGCCAGAAGAAGAUUCAAUUGAGGACGAAGUCUGCACUAUCAAUCCGGUCGAGGAUACGACGACGCACUACUCUGGCGAGUUCUCGUAUUGGAAUUUCUCGAUGCGUGUCAAGCGGCACAUUGAGGACCGCAUGGUAUACAUUUCAUGCUUCACAUACGCCCAGUAUCAGAAGCUAAUGGCAGCGCAGCAAACUCAGGAUCCUCUCCAAGUUUCCAAUUAUUGGCGUGCUGAACAGCUGCACUCGGGCGCAAACAGUAUUGCAGCAGCCGUAUCCUGCUGCCCGCCGCGUCACAUUGCUGAUUUCUUGAUUAAUGUGUUCUUCAAGCAUGCAGAGACGUACUACUACGUCCUAGACAAGGAGUGGCUUACAGAUAAAGUGGAUGCUCUAUACAACGACCGCGGGCGGUUUGGAAAUAAGAGCGCUGCGGUCGUGAGUAUAGUCCUCACUGUCUUCGCCAUUGCCACCCAAUACGCAUACCUCGACUCGCCCACUCGAAAGUCAGCGGAAUUCACUGAAGAUGCACUAGGAACGAUGUUCUAUCAGCAAGCAAUUCGGCUCUUACCCGAAAUAAUUGAAGCAUCCUCCCUCGAAAGCGUCCAGGCAUGCUUACUUUUCGCUAUAUAUGCGCUCCCCCUUGACGCCUCUGGUCUUGGAUAUAUUUACAUUACUCUCACAAACCGACUAGGGAUGCAGAACGGGUUGCACAGAAGGUACACUGGCACCGGGCUGAGCGCCGCCAUGGUCGAGAUGAGGAACCGCGUAUGGUGGACAGCAUACACACUUGAAAGGAAAAUCUCCAUCUUUCAUGGUCGGCCAUUGUCGACACACCGAUUCGACGUCGACGCUCCUUUACCCACGCAUAGAGACGAUCUGCAGUGCGAGAUUAUACCUUAUAUGGUCGCGUCCAUCCAGCUCACACAGAGGCUAGAGGAGCUUUGCCGGGAGAUGUACGUCUGCUCGUUAUCCGUCCUCUCGCUUGCGACUGAACAAUGCUACAGGUUUUUACUACGCACCUGUCCAAAACACGAGCGCUCAUCCAUAUUGUUGAGGCUUGUGAACGAGAAGAAUAAUCUGGAAGCUUGGUGGAAUACGCUGCCGGAUGAGGUCCAGGCGCAGAAGGACGUACCCUACCAGCAGACUCAUCCUCAUUAUCGGUCAUGUAUACAUCUCCGGCUCGAAUACUGCCUUGUCUCUAUGUUUAUUGGACGGCCACUCCUUCUGAACCGGGCUGCUUCUCGCUCGUCGCCCGCUUCACCAGAAACACAAAACAGUGACACCCGCGCAGUGGCCACUAGUGUCAUUAACAACCAUACAAAGCACCGUCAGCAGCUAGUUGAUUCCUGCAUCCAAGCUGCUAAGGAAGCCCUGAGGCUGUGCAGUAUCCUGCAAAAUAAUGGGCCUGGCCUCGCUCGCGCUUCGUAUGCUGAGUACAGUUCCUGCCGGGCAUCUUUAUUGGCACUCAUUGCCCGCUCAAUUCAAGGCCAAUCGAGCCAGUUUCAGGGUGAACUGCACCAGGGCCUGGAGAUGAUCCGCGAGAUGGCUGCUGCUGGGGACUCGGCGAGAUCGGAAGUGGCACUCCUGGAGUCGCUUGAGCGCGCGUUGACACGUCUGCAUUGCGCGAAUGAGGCAGAUGGAACCGGGCAUGGAGAUACGCCAAGAAACAAAUCUGGUGCCGACUAUGAGGGUUUCAAACAGUGGGAAACCAUGUGGAAGUCUACUGGCAGCACAAACCCAGAGAAAAUGCACAGCCAAUGGACCCCCGGCUUGACAUUAUUUGCGAGCCAAAAUCACUUGGAUGAGCACAUACCCCAGUCGCUCGAAACCGGAGUCUCCUCUUCAAUGAAGCAUACCGAGGAUAUGCCCAACCUACACUCCCCGUGCUCCUUUGACGCACUGCCCUUUGACAACGGCAGCCUGCCCAUUCAACCUGAGCUUCGAUUCUUGCAGGAGUUUCUCGCAAUGCCCGGAUACAGGUUUGACACUGACUUUGGUGUCGACGACAGCCUUGACGGUUUAGAAAGAACUGGCUCUUCCUUUUCGGGGUCAAGAUGA